ACAUCUCCGUUAUCUCUUUAGUCAUAAUAGAAAUUAGAAAAAGGAGUGAAAAGGUAAACUGAAGAUGAGCAGGAGAUUGCUGUAUCUACUGCAGAUGAGAGGAGCUCGUACAGAGACCUCCUUUAAUAGGGUGUUAGGGGUGUGUCCAGUCUCCACCCAUCCCUCUAUAGCGAGGUAUUCUACCGUCAGCAGCGAGGGCUCCUCCACCAGCGAGAGCACGUUCAGUCGUCAGCAGUACAAAGCAAGAAUAAGAUUGUACAGUGUCGCUUGUGGGUCACUAUGUGCUUUAAUUGGAAGCAGUUAUAUCUUAUAUCAGCAGAUGAAGGCUAGAGCAGACGAAGGGAAAGAGGAAGAGGAGAAAGAGAGUAAAGAUGGAGAGAGAUCAAAGGAAGGAGAGGAGGAGGAAGGAGAGAAGAAAGACCGUGUUAGUUUUCACGACAGAUCGGUGAUGGCUUAUGAGGACAGGAUCAGAGCUUAUAGCACUCCGGAUAAAAUAUUUCGUUAUUUUGCGACGCUUAGGAUAAAAGAGGAGGAUGGCUCACGUAAUAUAUAUAUGACACCACAGGAUUUCAUCAGAGCUAUCACUCCUGGUACGAUGCAACCACAGGAAUACGGACUGGAUCUUUACAGAACAGUAACUAUUGAGACAAUAGAGAAAGAGGGUCUAGGUCGUAUGGAGGAUAGUAACAGUGUCUUUAACAAGUUAGGUCAACAUGGCCUUAUCUCUUUCUCUGAUUUCCUGUUUCUAUUAACAAUAUUAGCCACUCCAAUGAAACACUUUGAGCUAGCCUUUAAGAUGUUUGAUCUCAAUGGCGAUGGAGAAGUUGAGUUUGAUGAGUUUGAAACAGUUCAGUCAGUCCUCCUCAGCUCCACAGCAAUGGGAGUAAGACACAGGGACCAUGUCAUCAAUGGUAAUGUUGCUUCGUCUGUGGGUGGAGCAUUAGCAGUCCAUUUCUUUGGUAAGAAACUCGACCAGAAACUGACAAUAGAAAAGUUUCAGGAAUUCCAUACUCUUCUCAACACUGAGAUACUCCUGAUGGAAUAUCUCCGUUAUGAUCUUGUUGAUGGGAUGAUUAGUGAGAGAGACUUUGCUCACAUGAUCCUCCGUCAUGCCUCACUCAGUGAACAAAAGAAGAAGCAAAUGGUCAAGAGAGUUAAGAAGAAAUUUGGACCCAAACCUAAUCCGGUAAGAAAAGUUGUACUAUUAAAUUAA